GCGAGGUGGGACUAACCGAAACGCGCCUCACCCAGUCACCCUGUCGCUCGAGCGCUGGAAGUGGGCGAGCGCUCGUUAUUUUGCAGAGCCCAUAAACGAAAGCCCAUGAAAUCUUCCGACUCGUGCGCGCCAACCUUUUCGUUGCUCGCUCACCGACCGGCGCCAUCACUCGCUGAAAUUUCUUUUCCCAAUCCAGUUCAUUCUGCCGCUCUCCAAUAGUCCAAUCCGGUCGCGGCGAAGCUCGGCCAGACGGCCACCCCACCCCAAUGCCGUCACGGUCGGGCUCCCGGGGCAGGCGGCCGCGGCCGGCCCCAGAGGUGGCUGCUCCCACGGCUGUACAAGUGAGCUCGUCCGGCUCGAGUGAGGAAGGGAGCGAUGAGGAGGAGGAGGAGGGGAGCGAGGGAUCCGGUGACGGUGCGAGGAGCCCGGGCGGCUCUGCCAGCAAGUAUAAGGCGGCGGAGAGUGAAGCCGAGGCGGAGGACCCAUGCCUUCCCAGCUGCCCCAUUUGUAUGGUCGCGUGGACCGCUGAUGGUUCGCAUCGCGUGAGUUGCAUCCCCUGUGGACAUGUCUACGGCAGACAUUGCUUAGAGAUGUGGUUACUGCAGUACGGCAAGAAAAAGGCACCGUGUCCUCAAUGUGGCAAGAGAUAUACACAGAACAACAUCAUCAACCUCUAUGUACCAGAGAUUGUUGUUCCCAAUAAUGAUCUUGAAAAGCAAGUAUUGUCCUUGAGAGAGAGAAAUGAAUAUCUUGAGAAGCAACAAGCAAAAUUACUUGAGGAGAUAAAAGAGCAUAAGAAUGAGUUUUUGGUCGAUGGAGCUCGGGUCAUGGGUAUAGAUGCAUCCAGUCAAAUUAUAUUGACUUCGGGAAGGGCACAUGGAGUUAGUGCUGAACACAUACUUACAAAGGUUAGCAUGUUUCAUGGACAUGGAAUGGAGAAAAUCCACCUUCCUCCUGAUACUAAAGCUAUUAGGGAUAUCUGUGUACUGCCCGGGGGCCAUGUUGUUUUUGCAUCACUGGGCAGGAAGUUGUCUAUUUUCAGCAUGGCUACCAACAAUGUUGUCCUUCAAUAUGAUCUGCCGGCUCCUGGUUGGUCCUGUUCAGGGGAUUAUACUACUUCAAGUCAUAUUUAUGCUGGGUUACAGAACGGCAUGCUAUUAGUCUUUGAUAUCCGUCAAACUUCUGCACCUUUGCAUUCUAGCAUGGGUCUAUCAACACACCCAGUUCAUACAAUACACUGCGCUGUAGAUGGCAGUGGUUCCAGGAAGGUUUUUUCUGCUUCUUCUAUAGGACCCUGCGUUUGGGAUGCCAGCGAAAACAGGCCGAGUUUGGUAAGUGGGAUGGAAAACCAAGGGGUCUGCAUAUCUCUUGCGUGCAGCUCUCCAUCAAGUGAUGUCCUGGUGGCUUCAUAUCGCCCGAGAGUUGAGCUGCCAGACGCUAUCGCCACAUCUCAAGCGUCUACACCACAAUCACCGGCACCCACCGGUUCAGGAAAACUAGGAUGCCACACACUCCUUAGGAGAACCACCGCCACAUCCUUUGCCAGGGACCAUAUCUGCAGUGGUAGCGUAAGUGAGUUGCGAAUGUCGAAGUCUGCAAUAAUACCCUGCAGAGACAAUCAGCAUCUAUUUGCCUAUGGAGAUGAAUCGUUGUACGGAGUCCGGACUUGGCGGCUGCCUUCGUUUCAGCGGUACACCGAUCUCAAGCCCCACAGGCAACCGGUCCUUGAUCUAAGGUAUGCUGAAAGUUCAACUGGGGAGAGGUACCUUGGUUGCUUAAGUGCCGAAAAGCUACAGGUUUUCACAAUUAGGUAGCUUGACAGAGGCAUUAGCUUGGUUUCUGGAAUUCUGGUAGUUGUGCUUGUGCAUGCUAACAUUUGUUUCUUCAGCAGCUUUGCUGUAUAAGUAAAGGCCAUUGUCCAUCCGUACAGUCUUCACUUAAAACAGCGUGUAAAACCAUGCUGUACAUUUCAAACAAUCUGUUGUAACUUGUAAGAGGCUCCAGCAUACAAUACACCAGCGGGUGAAGGAUUGCAUAUGCUGUAGUGUUGUACUGAUGCAGCAUUGCAUUUUGUCAUGAAUCAAGGAAACAAAUGGGUAGCAAUCUGUCA